AUGACAGUAAGAGAGGCAGAGAACAGAUCAGACACAGAUGAAUCAAUUAGCAGAAGAGAUGAUAUCUCACUGCAAGGCACAGCUACUAUCACUGCAGCUGUAAGAGAUGUAGAAGAAGAAGAAGAUGUGGUAAUAAGAGUGAUACUUCUGCAGCUCAUUGACAUCAAUGACUUCAUCUUCAACCUAGCUUUUUUAAUAGUCACAGAGGCCGCAGCUGCAUCAUGA